GCUCUUCUGACCCACGUGAAGUUGGAGUGCAAGUGCCACGGUGUGUCAGGCUCCUGUGAGGUCAUGCCUCCCUUCCACAAGGUGGGUGACAUCCUCAAGGAAAAGUUCGAAGGGGCGACAGAGGUUCACACCAAGCAGGUUGGUUCCCACAAGCUCCUGGUGCCCAAGAGCUCUCGCUUCAAGCCCUACACUGCUCAGGACCUGAUCUAUCUGUUGGCCAGCCCAGAUUUCUGCGAUCGAGACCCCCAGCAUGGGGUCUUUGGCACCUCUGGCCACCAGUGCAACCGGACAUCCCCAGCCAUGGAUGGCUGCGAGCUCCUGUGCUGUGGCAGGGGCUGCAAGUUUCCUUGGUGCUGCGCGGUCAGGUGCAAGCAGUGUCGGCACCUCGUGGAGAUGCACAACUGCCGUUGA